UUGCUACUCAGAGCCAUUACCAGCACAUGCCGCUACCAGGAGCCAUUACCAACAACUAUUGCUACCCAAAGCCAUUACCAGCACCUACCACUACCGAUCACUACACUGAGCCACUACCAGCACCUAUCUCUGCUCAGAGCUAUUACCAACAACUACUGCUACCCAGAGCCAUUACUAGCACCUACUGCUACCCAGAGCCAUUAACAACAACAACUGCUACCCAGAGCCACUACCAGCACCUACAGCUACCGAGAGCCAUUACCAACAAUUACUGCUACCCAGAGCCAUUACCAGCACCUACCACUACCCAGAGACACUACCAGCACCUAUUGCUACUCAAAGCCAUUACCAAAACCUACUGCUACCCAGAGCCAUUACCAGAACCUACCACUACCUAUCGCUAUCCAGAGCCACUACCAGCACCUAUCACUGCUCAGAGCCAUUACCAACAACUUCUGCUACCCAGAGCCACUACCAACACCUAUUGCUACCCAGAGCCAUUACCAACACCUACUGCUACCCAGAGCUAUUACCAGCACCUACCGCUACCCAGAGCCACUACCAGCACCUAUUGCUACUCAGAGCCAUUACCAGCACCUACCGCUACCCAGAGCCACUACCAGCACCUAUCGCUGCUCAGAGCUAUUAACAACAACAACUACUGCUACUCAGAGUCAUUACCAGCACCUACCGCUUCCCAGAGCCACUACCAGCGCCUACCACUACCUUUCACUACCCAGAGCCACUACCAGCACCUACCACUACCUUUCGCUACCCAGAGCCACUACCAGCGCCUACCACUACUCAGAGCCAUUACCAGCACCUACCGCUUCCCAGAGCCACUACCAGCGCCUACCACUACCUUUCGCUACCCAGAGCCGCUACCAGCACCUACCACUACCUUUCGCUACCCAGAGCCGCUACCAGCACCUACCACUACCUUUCGCUACCCAGAGCCGCUACCAGCACCUACCACUACUCAGAGCCAUUACCAGCACCUACCACUACUCAGAGCCAUUACCAGCACCUAUCGCUACCCAGAGCCAUUACCAACUCUAAAUAACAAUCAAUGCUGGUUAAUCUCAUUUGCGCCCACUCGCUCUAUUUUACUGACACAGGAGAAAUAUUUGAUGAAUUAUCCUGUUUCAAACACCAUUGUUUGUUAUAAAGAAAAAAAUAAUUUUUAUCUUCUACAUAAUGGCUCAAAUCCGAAGGAAUUUAGCUUAAAUUAUUACCUGCUUUACAUCUGA